AUGUAUCAAGUGCCAAAUUACACUCGAACUGUUUCAAUGAGAUUAUCUGAAGUGCUAUCUGAUAUAGGUGUUGAUGAGAGAAUAGUGAUGAAGAGGAGAAGAGCAUGGCUUCUGACAGAAACAAUUGAAAAUGUAAAUAACCAAUUAUGGAAUAAAUAUACUCAUAUGUUAUACUAUUUUGGGAGUCAAUCAGAAGGCACAACUACCAUAGGGAUAAACUCGGACACCGAUGAACUUUAUUGUUUAAAUCAUAUUCCUGUAAUACAAGACUGGUGUGAAUGGAUACCUGGUCUACCUAAUCUAUUGAUGAUACAAGAUGAUUCUGUAUCUCCUGGAUAUUGUUUACUUCAGUUGCUUCAACGUGAUGCUCCUCUUCCUGCUGAUGGAGAAUCUAAACAAUCCUUCUUCAAAGACAGACCAGGAAAAGUACUGCUAAAACAAUCUUUUAUGUCUGAUGAUAAUUUAGCCAAACUAAAAUCACAUGGACCAGCAAGAGUAGAUCAAGGAUCACAUGGUUGCAGUGAUCGAGACAUUGUGGUAGCUCUGCACUGUAAAACAUGGCCACAACAAGCUAGACAAUGGUUGGAUCAACAAGGUGAAGGUCAAUGGCCGUCUGCUGAAAUGAAACAAUACUGCAGUAGAACAGGAUGCUUUGUUGUUCCUGUUGGAUGUAAAGGGGGUGACAUAAGGCAACUUGAAUGGAGAAUUUCAACAUCUUUAGCUGAAAGGUGUUUAAUGUUUAACCUGAAUAUUACACAGAUUCGCUGUUAUGUCUUAAUGAAAAUGGUUAUAAAAUCAUUCCUUGAUCCACAGUUUGAAGAUGUGAUUUCCAGUUACAUGUGUAAAACUGUACUCUUCCACUGUAUUGCCAAUUCACACUUUUACAUUUGGAGAGAAAACAAUUUACUUUCUUGUUUAUCACUGUGUUUAUAUCUCCUGUAUAACAAUAUCAUAAAUGAAAACUGCCCACAUUUUAUCAUUCCAAGGAACAAUUUGAUGAUGGGUAAGAUAUCACCUGUAGUCAAACCAUAUAUUCUGGCAAUAAUCAACAACAUUAUCAAUAGUGAAGGAGUGGCACUACUUGGUAUUAAAUGUGAUGAUCUUGGUUCCAGGCUUCGUCACAAGUUAAAUAACUUAUGUCCAUUUAAGACAAGUGAACGCAUUUCAGCACAUUUAUUAUACGACAUGGCUAGAUGUGUUUCUAUUUCAUUUAAUAACAAUUAUGUCACUUUAAAGAACAAACAUCCUAAUGAAGUUGUACAAACAUUGACAAACUGUAUUUCUAAGAUAUUAAAUGAUAAACAUGACGGAUUGGUUCAGACAGCCUGUCAACUUGUGGCACCAUGGUACAAUACGACCCUUGGUUCUGUAUUUGCCUCCAUCAACAUCAAUCAGCAAAACUCUGUAUCAGUUGAUGCCCUGAAACUAAUCUCACUUGGUCUGAAUACAGAUGUUGCAUCAAGUAAACUGAAAUUAGCUUCAAUCUUUUACAGUGUACAAGAAAUUCAAAAAGCUGACCAAAUACUCAGUGAAAUUGAAAGAAGCUAUGAUCUGCAAAUUGUUGAGCCAGCCUGUUGCUGUUAUGACUUUGAAAAAAAAGCACAUAGACAAGGAUUCUUUGCGACAUGUGACAUUCAUAACGAAGAUGCCAUACAGUAUGCAACAGCAUCAUGUGUCAGGUUUCUGCCAUGUGAAAUUCACUGUGUACCCAUUGAACUCAGAUAUGAAAUGGUAAGAUCUACACCGGAGGACAGAAUAUUACUUACAGAAGAAGACGACUGGAUGGAUAAUGUUGUGGUGAAUUCUCUCCCUUACCUCUACUUUCUACAAUACAAGGUUAACAGCCAUCUUGGGAGAAAUAUUGAAAAACAAUCUGCUCUCUCAAAACUUUUCAGAACCAUAAAAACCGAGCCAAACCUUGGUCACCGGGAAACAGCUUUCAAUAUUCUCGGAAAGUGUAUGGAACAAGAAGGUAGAGUAAGGGAUGCUCUACAGUGUUACUUGAUGUCGCUUAAUCUAAGGAGGAGAAACAAUGCUGCAAAGAUUCAUAUCUGCACACUUUUAUCUGUAUUGGGAAAUUUCAGGGCAUAG